AACCCAGCAUCCGGAUAGCCACACCGUCGGCGGCGGCGGCGCGGCGCCGAGUAUAUAUAUAUACAUCCAUCCAGACAUCCAGUCCAACGGCUCCUCCUCGUCCUCCUUCCCUGUGCGGACCAUCGUCGAUCAGCGCCAUGGCGAGCGCGGAGGCGGCGGCCGGGGUGGCGCCGUUCGUGGCCAAGACGUACCGCAUGGUGGACGACCCGUCCACGGACGCCGUCGUCGCGUGGGGACGCGACAGCAACAGCUUCGUCGUCGCCGACCCCUUCGCCUUCUCGCAGACGCUCCUCCUCGCGCACUUCAAGCACUCCAACUUCUCCAGCUUCGUGCGCCAGCUCAACACCUACGGCUUCCGGAAGGUGGAUCCGGACCGGUGGGAGUUCGCGCACGUCGCGUUCCUGCGCGGGCAGACGCACCUGCUGCCCCAGAUCGUGCGCCGGGGCGGCGGCGGCGGCGGGAAGCGCAAGGACGACGGCUCUUCCUGCGGCGCCAACGCCGGCGCCGCGGCGGACGAGGACGCGGUGGCCAUGGAGGUGGUCCGGCUCAGGCGGGAGCAGCGGGCCAUCGAGGACCAGGUGGCCGCCAUGUGGCGCCGCGUGCAGGAGACGGAGCGCCGGUCCAAGCAGAUGCUCGCGUUCCUCCUCAAGGUCGCCGGGGACCCGCAGGUGCUGCGCCGCCUCGUCUCCUCCACGGCGGCCGGGAGCGGCGGCGGCGGCGGCGGCGCCGUCAGGUUCGCCGCCGCGGCACCCGAGGGGGAGCGCGGCGCCGCCGGGGAGGUGGCGGCGAAGAGGGCGCGCCUGCUCCUCGACGACGCGCCCGUCUACGGCGCCGGCGCCGGCCCCUCCGCCGCGGACCUGGGCGCGGGGUUCUACGGCGCCGGCGGCGAGGACCUCGGGUUCGGCGCCAAGGCCGCUGGCGGAUACCUGCAGCCGCCGCCGUACGUGUUGUUAAGAUAAGUGGCUAGGUUCAGUUGAGGGUAAGGCUGUCCGCACUGGGUGCGCUAAAUGGAACGCAACACCAACAUGCAGUAUGCUUUUGCCGCAAAAAAGCCCGCACGGGGACGGUAUCUCGCGCGCUACCAUCCAGUAUGGGCCUCGACGCGGUACUUCCGGCGCUGGAAAAGAGCGACGGUAUCAGCUGACGGGGCGCGGGGCCCAUGCGGGUGCGCCGUCUCAACCGCCGUGGAGCUGCUGGCGCCGCCGCUCGGAGCUGUUGGC